AUGGGGUAUGCUAUGGUAGGCUACCCUACACGACCUCACAAGAGGAGGAGAAGGGUCCCUCAUCAGGAUUUGUUUCGGAUAUACUACGAAAACAAUCAUCUAACCAGAACCAAGAAACGUAACAUUGCCAGCACUGCCAAUCAUGAUAAUAUUCUUUUUCCAUUAACCGUCCAUAGAAAAUUAACAUUACAGGAUUUGCCGACAGAGAUUAUACAACGUAUUUUUGUCUUAUCACAAGAAGUUGAUACCAUGCCCAUUUUAAAUAGAUUCUUCUUCCAUAGCCUCAGAGUACAGCCAUCCCUCCAACUGGACAUGCUUUGGGAAAGACACAUUUUCUAUCCAGAAGAAUAUAAUAUAACAGAAUAUGUGGGCCAGGACGGUAAAUUUCUAUUAAAACCGAUUUUUUUCAAUAAUCUUAAUAAUAUUGCAUUUUUUUAUAACAAUUUUGAAUUCUUCAAUCACAAAAUUUUAAAAAUUUUAUCAAAAGAUACAUUUGCUGCUCUCGAGGAUGGUUCGUUUGACACUUCCAAUGAAAUAGAUUUCAAUACUUUUCCAUCUGGUGAUUAUCCGUCAAUUUUUUAUGAUAACAUUGGAAUUUUCUUUAAGUUCGAAGGUAUCGUUGAAUUAUUCAAGAAAUAUUUUACAUUUGAAAAUCCGUCACAUUUAAUUGCACAAAUCUUCAAUUGGCUCUUUUACAGACAAGAUCGCCAUACGAUUUCUCAAAUAUUUCCCAUCUUGGAUUCGAUUUGUUCCACUUCAGACCUCUCUCCAGACCCAUUAUUUGAAAUUCUUCAAAUAUUAUUCGUAGAUAAUAGCAACAGCGACUCUUAUCUGUGUAAACUGUUGGAACUACCCACACAUGAAUCCCACGAAUUGCUGGCAAAAAAACUGAAGUGGGUAGAAUCGUUUAUCUUCAGAUACUACAGUAAAUCAAACGAGUCUCUUUCAGAUCCGAACAUUUGGCAUCUGCUGAAAAAAAUCUCUAACGUCAAUCUGAUAGAUCUAAUCAUCAAUUAUGGGGGGACUCCACAGUACAGUUCUAUGGUGUAA